AUGGUUUUCCAAGGAGAUGUGUUCAGUUACUGGGGUCGAAACAUUAUCGAAGAUUAUGAUGAUGUUCUCCUCAAAAACAUUCCCUCACUCACCGCGAUUCCUCUCGAAGAGACCUCGCAGCUACCUGUGCUCCCUAAGCAUGGUUAUGGUCCGCCGGGUGCAGUAGGAAUCCUAGGCGCAGGAGUUGGUGGUCUAUACACUGCCCUCAUCCUAAAUUCGCUGAACAUCGACUACGAGAUCCUGGAGGCGUCUGACCGCACCGGCGGACGUCUCCUUACCUACAACUUUCCGAAUGGUGGCAAAUACGACUACUACGAUGUUGGCGCCAUGAGGUUUCCCCUGCCAAAGAAGGAUGCUCAAGGCAAUUACAAGCCUGGCAUCAUGAGGCGCUUGGGCGAGUUAAUCAACUACUCGAAGCUCAACGAGGGUUUAUCCAAGGCACCUCUAAGCUCCAAACUGAUCGAUUAUUAUUUUACGUCACAGAGACAAGGGCAUUUCCUCUACUUCAACAAUCAACGUUAUCAAGUCUCUCAGACAUCGCGCCCUCCUGACUUCCGUGCCCAAGAAAUGGGUGUGAAUUCUCAGUACGUCGUCGCGGGAGUUGAGAAUAUUGUCGAGGAUGUCAUCCAGCCAUUCGCUAAGGACCUCAUGAAAGACUUAGAGCAAAAUGUCCAUUCGGGCUGGCACAACAUGAUGAAGCACGAUGCAUACUCGCUUCGUUCAUUCAUGUCAUUCAAGUACAUUCCCAGCGCCAGCCUUCAAAUUCCGCGCACGCAUCUUUCUACCAACGUUAUCAAUUGGUGCGAGACAUUCUACGACAGCACAGGCCCAUUUAACCGUGCUUUAACCGAGUCGGUUCUUGAUGCACUGGCAUUCGUCAGUGUCGAGUCGCAGACCUUUGGAGAAGUAGAAUGGAAGUGUUUCGAAGGCGGUUCUCAAGUGCUUACCGACUACAUGGCGGCAUACAUUACUAGUACUACUAUCGGCACCAAGCCUGUCAUCCAGUUCAAUAAGAAGGUCACGAGUAUCAUUCAGAGUGGGGACAUAGCGAUGAAUGUUUAUGUGAGGGGUGAAUCUAGCCCGCGCACAUAUUCACACGUUAUAUCGACCAUCCCUCUGCCGGGCCUGCGGAUGAUUGAACUCGGAGGUGCUGGUUUAAAUGUGAUGCAGAAAAAUGCAUUGCGUAAACUGCAGUACGGUCCUUCAGUCAAGGUUGGCAUGCGCUUUCAAUCAGCGUGGUGGACCGAACUUUUCGAUAUAAUAGGAGGCCAAUCAUCCACAGACCUUCCUAUUCGAACUAUCAUCUACCCGUCUUAUGGGGUUGAAUCUAGCACACCGUCCACAGUGCUGAUUGCAAGUUACUGUUUGACAAAUGAUGCAGAACGCUUGGGAGCGCUCAUCAACACCAGUAAGAUAGAGUAUGAGGAGCAAUUGAAGGAACUCGUGCUGCGCAAUCUCGCGGAAGUACACAAUAUGGAUUAUAGUUUCUUGUUGGGUCAGUACGUAGAUAUGCAUGCAUGGGACUGGAGCGACGAACCACUCGUCAUGGGUGCCUUCGCGUUCUUUGGCCCCGGAGAUUUUCAAGAUUUAUACACAUCUCUCACCGUACCCAAUGCCAACAAGAGGCUUCAUUUCGCUGGAGAGGCCAUCAGCACCCGUCACGCGUGGGUUGUCGGUGCAUUGGACAGUGCAUGGCGCGCAGUGUAUGAAUACCUGCUUGCAUCUGGACAGCAUGAUAAGAUUCAAAGAUUCUUCGAGCUGUGGGGCCGGAAUGAAGAGUGGACGGGCCAAUCCAAACAUGGAAAGCACGAUCCAGCUGAUCCGAACACCAUGUUGCGAGUUCACAUGGGAUUCACAUAUGCUAGUGAACUCACUGGGGAGCAAGCUGUCCUUUCUAUUUGA